AUGGGGAGGCCUCCGUGCUGUGAUAGAUUGAACGUGAAGAGAGGUCCUUGGACGGCGGAGGAGGACGCAAAGCUGCUUGCCUACACUUCUACCCACGGGACUGGGAACUGGACUUCUGUUCCAAAGAAAGCAGGACUGAAGAGAUGUGGGAAGAGCUGUAGGCUGAGAUGGACUAAUUAUCUGAGGCCUAAUCUGAAGCACGAGGGUUUCACUCCUGAAGAGGAAGAGCUUAUUAUAACCCUCCAUGCAACCAUAGGAAGCAGGUGGUCUAUAAUAGCUAACCAACUCCCUGGUCGGACUGACAACGAUGUCAAGAACUACUGGAAUACCAAGCUUAGGAAAAAGCUCAUCCAGAAGGGCAUUGAUCCCGUCACCCACCGUCCCAUCUCAGAGAUCAUUCAAAGCAUCGGCGGCCUUCCGACCUCCGCCACAACCAGCACCGGCAGAGGCAAAUACCAUUCCCUUCACAGCACUCGAAUCAGUUGCUUCAACCGAGACCUCAAGAAUGUCUUCCUCUCCAAGUCCACAGCAUUUGUCGAUCCGAACUUUCAAGAAAGCAAGCCAUUGACAAGCAAUCACUUCCCCCAAUUCUAUGACGUAAACGCAAUGACUGUAGCCACCUGUGCCACUUCUAGUGAGGCAUCUUCCUCCUCCACGGUGGUGACAACCCAAUUUAAUGCACCAUCUCUAUCGACAGAGAUCAAAUGGAGUGAUUUUCUUAUAGCAGAUUCUUCAAUGGGUGCUUCUUCUAGCCAGGUGCAGCAUGCUUUCUUGGGUGGGAGCCCAUCAUGGAAGGCUAAAAUGGAUAUUGAGAGCGAGCAACUGAUGGCAGAGAGUGGAGUGGCGAACCAGAAUGAUUUGGUUGAUGAGUGGUAUGGAGCAUUGGAUGGGGAGGUAAGCAAUGUUUGGGGAGCUCCGUUUGAUGGGUCAACGUCGUUUGUAGAUGCAAUCUUGGAUCGUGAUCGUGAGAUGGUAUUUCAAUUCCCUGAGUUUCUUGAUGAUUCAUAUGAUAUCCUAUAG